CACACUAGGAAGCAGGCGCCGAGGCUAAGGACUGCACUGCAGGACAGCUGUGACACUUCCAACGUGCUUGGUUGCUGUUCUGCAUAGCUUUGCACACGGCAAAUCCAUCGGCAAGGCUUCGCCGCAGAGCACUGCUUGCCAAAGGCUGCAAGCCCCCGCUCGCUGCCCGGCGCACGCGCGCGCCGCGCCCGCGCCCGAGACACCCGCGCAUCCAGCGCACGGCGACGCCGCGGGCAACACACACACAAAAAGAACAUGUUCCUCGUGCACCGCGUCUUACAUCCGGCGACGGCCGCGCACGCCGCGUGCUGGUCUAGAGUGACGAGCGACCACGACGAGCUCGUGCUGACCGUCGGGAGAGAACUUCAUGUGUACGCCAUCGUGAAUGGUUCGUUAGCACUGCGACGCGUGUGGCGCUUCGAGGCCCGUCUUGAAGCAUGUGCUCCCGCGAAGCGCCCGUCAUUGAAGCGCGACGCGCUCGUCAUCGCCUUCGCGCCGGCGCGGCUCGCCAUUAUUGAUGAUUGUGAGGGAGAACCUAGAACGUUGGUGCGCUACGACCUCGAAGCACAAGUGCCAAACGACCCUUAUCAACUCAAUCCUCUGAAGGCGAACAAGGGCGGUCCGCGUUCCUGGCCCGUCGUGCUCGAUGCUUCUCCGAGCAUAGCCGUGGUCAGAGCGCAGGCUCGAGUUGUUGCGGUACCUCUCAUCCACUCUGCCGCCCGAUCAGUGUCAGGUGAGCCGCCGGCACCGUUUUUUAUCGAUGGUGCACUGUCCGAGGACGUUGUGGUAAGGUUGUUGGCCUUUGCGCCGUCCGGACCGCCGACCGUUAUCCUGUGCUGUGCCGACGCGCGCGGCGACCAGCCAGCAUCGACAACUCUCAUAGCCCUAGGCCUGGACGCUGCCAGAAGAUCUUCGUAUCCGCGGUGGCGCGUCGAUUCAUUGGCGGCGGCUCCUCGCGGAUUGAUCCCGCUCAGACGAGGUGGCUGCGUCGUUUUAUUUAGACAUACAUUAACAAAAGUGUCGUCGGGAGGCGCCAUCGACGCCGUCGCGUUGAAUGGGUUUGCGGGCGAGGACUUCGGGCCUUCGGACUGCCGCGCCGUCGUAAGGCCAAAUGUACCGAAGCUCGCCAUCGACGCGACGGCCGGCUGCGUCGGCUGCGAAGUGUCCGACGGACUGUGCCUCGUCUCACUGCCCGGUGCCGCUUCAUUAUGGGUCGCGGACGUUUCCCAGACACCGCAACUGCGACCGCUCGCUUCGGCCGCGCCGUGUCGCGUCGUCUGCUGCUCUCCCGAUUCACAGCGAGUUUUUUUGGGCGGCGGCUGCGACGACGGCGGAUCUCGGCGUCCCGUCGUGUGGAGGCGCCUUCACGCCAUCGACGCGCGUCGACUCCGGGAGAGGAGGCCGCGGCUGGUCUCGUUUUCGAUUUUGAGCCGUUUCGGACCGCGUCGAGACCGCGAUUCGCGCAGGCGUGCUGUGCGACGUUAAAGUAUCGAGGGACGCGUCCAAGAAGCGCAAGACCGAGGAGGGUCUCUACGGCAAAUUGUCUGAAGGCGCUGCAUCAUUACAACUCACGGCGGCCGACGCCGUCGUCGCGCUCGGUAGUCUGACUGAUGCUACCUUCGGCGCUCGAACGGCUCACCGGUGGCCCUUCCAGCCCCAGAGGGAGGGCGACGCCCGGAAGGCGGCGCGCGAAGCGCGAUCGUCUAGACGGAGUGAAUUAGUAGCUUGCGCGCCGGGCGCCGGCGACGGGUCGCGCGGCCACGUCGUCUGCUUGGGCCGAGGCGCGAGACCCGUUUGUUUAGGCCACUUCAAGCGCAAGCUCGCGGCACUCAUCGGCGGUCUAAGAUGGAAGGGCCCGUUCCAGUCCAAGGAACUGACUUCAAGAGAAACGGCAACUCGCGACGUCGUCGUCACCGAAAGCAACAAGGCCAUCUCCUGGUGCUUGUUUGAUGGGCAGACGUUUGAAGAGGUGCAGUUGGAGUGCCACGGGAGUCUGCUGGGCGUCGUCGCGGCCGACGAGCCGCUCGACGCCUCUUCUGCCGUUUAUCUCGUGUAUGAAGGUGGCACGUGGCAGUCGCUGCAGGACGGGAAAGCCGUGAAAGGCGGGAAGUUCGCGAAGGCCAUCGAGAGCGUCACUGGUGGUGUCCAUACGGGCUACGUCGCUUGCUGCAGCGACGGGAAGACGCGCGCGUUGUCCCUGACGAAGACGUCAAUAAAACUCGGAAAAGUUCUACUGGAUGACGCAUGUGAUUGUGUGCACGUCGCGAAGGCUCCCGUAUCCUUAUGGGCUCGGAGUUCCACCUCAUCUACGAAUGAGCGUGAGGGCUGGCACGCCUCGACUCAGUUUGAUGAGCGGUCGUUUUUGUAUGGCGCCCCCGUGUUGGACGCCAAAGAAGAAAAGCUCUCGUUGGUCGAGACCGUCGUUGGGGUCGCGUCGGACGGUGCAUUGAUCGCGUCCUCCAUGAAGGGUGACGAGCUCGCGCGCUACGAGCGCUGUACGGAGGGCUAUGCUGUGCUGGGAAGUGUGGAGGACGACGGCGACACGCCGAGAUGCGCCUGCGUGGCUUUGCACCGCAUCGGUCCCAAACUGGCUCUCGAUUCCCUCGGGCGGUGGGUCCUUGUUUUAAUACUCCGAGAAGGCGACCUCGUCGUCUACGAGCACGACGGCCAGUGGCGCCGCGUCGCCCACGACUUUUUAGGAAGGCCUGAUCCGGGUGUAGCUCAGACCUUCUCGCUGACGUGCUUCGAGGACGUCGAGAGUCGUUCUGGUGUGUUUGCGCAUUGCAGUCGGCCGGCCGUGAUUCUCUGCGAGAGAGGGAAAACUUCUGUCGUGUCCAUCGAGUCCCUAGCUGGUGAUGAUGCUCCUCAGUUACCUAGAAGGACUACGCAAAGUGUGCCACUCCCGACGAAUCGGGGCUUUCUCCUGAGCGGUUCGGACAGGAAUGUUAUAUGUAGCGGUCUGGGCAAUCUCGUACUAGCGGCAACAUCAGCGACGCUGACCAUCCAUAAAGCCCCCAUCAGGGACGGCUCGCCCUACAAUAUCAGAGCGCUGAACGCGCCGCCUGAGGGUGUUGAUGCGGCGCCGGCCUUCGCAUUACUCUGUGCCUCUCGCAGAGACCCCUCGCUGGGUAGAGUCGUCGACGCCGACGCCGAGCCGUCGACGGAGCCACCCACCACUUCCAGAAAAUGGCCCCUCGAUUGUUUGAGUGACUCAAGGAUGGGCGGGGCACCAGUUAGUAGACAGUCGAACGCGUUCGAGCUGCGACUAGUCACGUCGGCAGGAUGGAGGACGUUGCAACGGUGCCCUUUAGGAGCUGGAGAGCGAGGCGUCUGUUUGGACAUCUGCGCCCUCGCGAAGAAGAGUGGAGACGUCGCGACGCGGAACACGUACGCGUGCGUCGGGACGUGCGUCGAGACGUCCUACGGCGAGGACGCCGCUAGUCGUGGAAGAAUACUGCUCUUCGAGGUGGACUACGUGCCCUGCCGUAGAAAGAGUAGAUCAGGAGGCAAGGGCCGCGGCGUGGGGCACGCGCCGCGUUUUACGCUCACGCACGCCAAGAAGGUGCGCGGCGCCGUCUCCCAGUGCGCCCAGGUCAUGGAGCACGUCAUCGUGAGCGUCGCGAACCGCGUCGAGGUUUACAGCGUCGAAGGCAAAGCGAUGAAGCAGAUCGCGACGCACCACGCGCCGCACUACGUCGUGCGAUCUCGGCGUCCCUAAUCAUGCGUCGACGCCAUCGAUCAGACGAGGUCGUGGGUGGUCUCUUUUGCGAUUUUGAGUCUCUGGAAGACGUCGGGGCCGUCGCGGCGGGUCCGAGAGAACGCGGUCGCGUCGAUGGCGUCGUCACGAGACCACGUCACCGUGAGGCCGUCGCCAUGAUCAUCAGAGCGUCUACGCGUCGCACGAGUGUACGGAGGCGGCCGCGCGACGCAGGUCUCGCUGCGCGUCGCGAAGACGUACGUGAUUUAUGCGGACGUCUACCAAGCGUGUACGUUACUCUUCUGGCGCGACCGCGACCGGCAGUUGUACCCGCUGGCCAAAGACGCGGACGCACAUGAGCGAAGGGCCAUCGGCCACGACUUGAGGUCUGGUUCUGGUUCGUAUUGCGCGGACUUCGUUGUUGAUGCGGGGGAGUUGGCCGGCGCGCAUGCUUUAGGUGUCGUCGUGGGAGAUGGGGAUCGCGUCAGACUGCUCCAGUAUGCACCUCUUGGAUCCGAUACGGACCGCGGCGGUCAGCGACUUUUGGCCAGAGCCGACUUCAUGGUGAACAGCGACGUCCACACGCUGGCGAGGCACGCGGUCCCGAGGACGGACCCCGAUAGCGACGCGGCGGCGUUCGCUUGCAUCUAUGCGGGUCUGGACGGGCAGGUCGGCGCCCUUUUACCUUGUGACGAAAAAGUAUUUCGACGGCUGCGGGCGCUGGAAGGGGUGUUGGGCAAUGCGUUGAAGCAUGCGGCGGGCGUCCAUCCGGACAAGCACCGGCUGGCGUCGCUACAUUCAAGGAAUAUUCUGGACGGCGCGUUGCUGUUCCGGUACUGCUCGCUGCCUCGGCCGUUACAGCGGGACCUGGCGUUAGCUGUUGGUACUGAUAGAGCUACGGUGCUCCAGACGCUGCGGAGCGUCGACGCGCAGUCGGCGUGGCUUUAGUAAGUAUAGUACCGAAGUA